AUGAAGCCUUCUCGGAUGGGUUUGUACAUCUUCAUGAUGGUUGCUUGGCAUUUCCACGGCGCUCUGGCAAUGAACUCGGCUCUUGCCGCGGCAGCUAGUAGCUCCUUGCAGGCAUAUCUGGCUAGCUCUCCAUUUACUACACGCUCUGCGCCAGCGCCAACAGUAACAACAGACUUAACAGCUCUCAGAGCCGCUGUUCUGGCGGGUAACUAUAGUUCCCGACUCGAUCCCGCGACCAGGAAUCGGUGUCCUCAGCCAUGCACCUCAAACUCUAGUGAUUGGUACUUGUAUCACAGUCUUGAACGUCUUGCUGUGUGCAACAAUACCAUGCUCCUAGAUUUUUCGUUGUUCAACCAGAUUGACGACCCUAAAACGCAUUUGAGCAUUGCUGCUUGUACAGCCAAUAUGGAAUAUACCAGUUCGCCGGUCACGAAUAUUACCUGUCAAUCCAAUGAUGUACAACAGACUGAGAUGACAUCAUCCUUACAAAUGGCUUCCUCCGGUACCUUUUCAGCAAGUGUUCCUGACGUAGUUGCUGCUCUGAAACAGCUGCAGAUUUUUUCUGCUUCAGUUAAUGACCCAUGCGACGAGACUAUCAAUUUUGCAUACUCUGGCUCAGCUGCCGUGGGCAUCUAUGUGGGAUCCGGGCUUUCCAGUCAGGGCGUGAUCUCUUCAAUCAUCGGCAGACUUAGCAGCCAAAUUCAAAGCGAUGGCAGUGUGGCUGAGAACUUACUGGUUCAACUUUGUGAUAACAGUACGGCCCGUUAUUCAAUGGGAAUCUUUAUCAAUACCAACUCUGACAUCUCCUCUGUUCAAGUCGGGGUACAAUCUUGGAAAAACAGUAGUUGUAUCACCUACGUGGAUGAAUUUGUUAACUCAACCUGGCAAAGCGUGAAUUAUCUUGCGCCAUCCCUCUUGAAUAGCAACACCUCUGCGAGUGUCAACACUGUCGGACAAAACGUUACUACGCUGACUAGCCGGUCACCACUACUUAGUAGCCAUAAGCUGAGCUUACGCGACAGCUGCACCACUGUGAAGGUAGUAGCUGGAGAUACAUGUGCCACACUUGCUGCUGAAUGUGGCAUUACGCCGGCUGCGUUCACUCAGUAUAAUCCCAGUGCGACUGAAUGCUCAGCCCUGACUACAGGCGAGUAUGUUUGUUGCAGCGCUGGGACACUUCCAGACAAUACGCCACAGCCGAGUGCUGAUGGAGACUGUUAUGCCUAUCUGGUAGUAGCAGGAGACUCUUGUUCGUCGCUUGCAGCGAGCUAUGACAUAACCGAGGAUGACAUCAUGACAUGGAAUACCAACACAUGGGGCUGGAACGGCUGUACAAACCUGCUUGCAGGAAACAAUAUAUGUCUUAGUUCAGGUUACUCUCCUAUGCCUCCGAACAUAGCAAACGCAGUUUGUGGUCCACAAGUAAAUGGAACAGCCACAGCCCCUCAAGGAAGUGAUCUAAGUACUUUGAAUGAAUGCCCCCUGAAUGCCUGCUGUGAUAUUUGGGGUCAAUGCGGGACUACUACGGAGUUCUGCACUCCCUCUAAUUCUACCACUGGCGCACCUGGUACCGCGGCCUCGGGGCAAAAUGGCUGCAUCUCUAACUGUGGCACUGAUAUAUCAAUCACUGAUGCUCCAUCAGAGUUCUACUCCAUCGCGUAUUUUGAAGCCUUUGAUUGGAGUCGCCCAUGCUUGACCAUGUCGGUUAACGAUAUCAAUACCACAGCAUAUACGCACAUUCACUUCGCAUUUGCCACUCUUAAUGCCGACUUCUCUAUCAAUGUCACCUCUAUUGCCGACCAGUUGCCCUUCUUACAAGGCUUAUCGGGUGUUAAGCGAAUUGUAUCUUUCGGUGGAUGGGCCUUUUGCACAGACCCGAGCACAUACAUGAUAAUGCGAGACGCGGUAAGCACAUCGGAGAAUAUUGCGACUUUGGUAAAAAAUGUUAUAGCUUUCGUAGAGGACUAUGAUUUGGAUGGCAUCGAUUGGGAUUGGGAGUACCCCGAUGAACCGGAUAUUCCAGGUAUUCCUGUUGGAACCGAGGCUGAUAGUACUGGUUAUUUCGUACUAUUAGAUGAGCUUAAGGCCAGUAUGCCGACCGGAAAGACAGUUUCAAUCACAGCUCCGGCUUCAUACUGGUAUCUGCAGCAUUUUCCCAUCCAGGCAAUGAGCGAAUUCCUCGACUAUGUCGUCUUUAUGACAUAUGAUCUUCACGGGCAGUGGGACUACGGAAAUGUGAAUUCGGAUACGGGAUGUUUAGAAGGCAAUUGUCUGAGAUCCCAUGUCAAUAUGACAGAAACUAUCAAUGCACUCUCCAUGAUUACCAAGGCCGGCGUCCUCUCUAACAUGAUUGCAGUAGGGGUUUCGAGUUACGGUCGCUCCUUCGAAAUGACUACUCCUGGUUGCUGGACCGAGCUUUGUACUUAUACAGGACCUCUCUCGGGAGCUACUCCAGGUCCCUGUACCGAUACAGCAGGUUAUAUCGCCGACUAUGAGAUUGGCUUGGUCUCCUCUGAGAAUCCUACGGCCGAUUUGCUCUGGGACGAAAACUCCUAUUCAAAUAUAAUGGUUUAUAAUGAGACUCAAUGGGUGGCUUACAUGAAUGACACAAACAAGGCAGUGCGCCAGCUCUUGUACAAAGAUCUCAGUCUCUUUGGAACUUCCGACUGGGCAGUAGAUUUGCAAUCUUUGGAUGGCACUGGCGAAAGUUCAUCAUCAUCAACUACUUCUUCAAGCUCUAAUCUUAACGAGACAGUUUACAUAAGUCCUGACAUUUGGUCUUCAGUAGACCCUGUGGUGACCGCCUUACCUGGUGUGACGCUCGUCUGGCCCCCGAUGCCUUUGUCAAGUACCACUACGAUCACUUUCCCACUAUGGACUACCACAGUAUCAUAUUCAAGUCUGACGACACUCACGAGCACUCUUACUGACGGCACAACUUCCACAUACCCAUGGUUUGUAUAUGUAUCAAUGCUCACGGUUCUCACAAUUCCUGCUGUAACGACCACUGCUAUUCCUGUAUGGGGCGUAUCUUUAGGAGCAGAUUUAACAGAUGGUCCAAUUGUCUUAACCAGUUCUGUGCAACCAGACCCCUUCGGCAUCAUCAUCACUCCGGUUAUUGAUGGCACCACAUCUAUUAUUGGUGCAGUAGAAACCACCACUAGUCCAGGAACAGUCAUUGUCUGGGGUGACAUCACUUAUGACGCCCCUACGCAAACAGAAACAUUAGGUGGGAGCACGACCAUUAUCGGGGGAACCACCUUGUCCCCAACGAUUAUCACAGUCACACCAAACCCACAUCCUACGACUAAAGCUUCGACAACAGAUUCAAAUUUGAAUUCGAAAACAAACUCCUGGAAAUCCGGUAAACCACCAACACACACUACUACCGCUGGAUGUCCGGGCUGUGGUCUACCUUGUAUUUUAUUCUGUGACUCUGGCUGCCCGUUUUGUCCUCCAUCAAUUUUCAGUAAUCAGGGCUCAAGCGCCGGUAAUGAUGGCUCUUCCACUGCGACCGAGACAAAAAGUGAAUCGAGCACUACUACGGCUUUCCCUGCAACCCUGUUAUUUGUCACUGAUACUCCCGAUGUGUUUCCUUUCACAUACGACGAUCCAGCUGCCCUCUCCUCAUUAUACAUUGAAGAACAACCUGAAUGGGAAAGCUUGUUUUCAAUCACGACGGGUACAACAACCUCAGCAUCUACGACUGUUCCAGUAUCGACCGUCACAAUCCCAGAUGUUACUGUAACUGUUACACCAACGCCUGUCGCUGACUGUGCCUUUUGGGACGACACAAUUGCUUAUCAGUUUGAGAUCUACGACAUUGUAGGAUGGGCGACUGACGGUGGGAAAUCUCUCGAGACCCAGGAAGAUGGCUGUGGUGCUCUCACGGGUUGGGACUGGGUCGCUGCUUCAGGUACAACUGGUGCAUAUGUACACUUCUACCUUCCCACUAUCAUCAAAGCUGGCUGCGUGGAACGAGCAAUUGUUUCAGCCGGUGGGCCAAAGAUAUCAUGCGUUGGAGAAGGUUUGCCUCUCAAAAGAUCCUUACGGGAGCGAGACUCGGUUCAGACCGCGCCUUCAUUCUUGCCCAUGACGGAAAAUCAGCGUGAAAUUUUAUUAGGUGUUUACGGGAAUACGACUGAGCACCAUCAGUAUAUUCCAAUGGUUUGGAAUGCCACAAGCUCCUCGACAACCACUGCUUAA